CUGGGCUUUCGGAGCGUUCUGGAACCCCGAUAAGCACCUCAGGGUUCUAGAACCUCCCGUGCUGCCCCGGGUCGCGGCUUCCUACGUGCCUCCGUCCAAACCGCCGCUCCGGUGCACAGGUCGUCGGCGAGCCGAGGCUCGGUCCUGGCGCAGACCAUGAUCGUUGCAGACUCCGAGUGCCGCGCCGAGCUCAAGGGCUACCUGCCGUUCGCCCGGAGUGGCGGCGGCGCUGGGGCCGGAGAGGAGCAGAGGGAGAGACGGUCUUGGCGAGGCCCUCGAGGGCCCAGCGCCUUCAUCCCAAUGGAGGAGAUCCUUCAGGAGGGAGCUGAGAGCCUGGAGCAGCACUUGGGGCUGGAGGCGUUGAUGUCUUCAGGGCGGGUAGACAACCUGGCGGUGGUGAUGGGCCUGCACCCCGACUACCUGAGCAGCUUCUGGCGCCUGCACUACCAGCUGCUGCACACGGAUGGGCCCCUGGCCAGCCCCUGGCGCCACUACAUUGCCAUCAUGGCUGCUGCCCGCCACCAGUGCUCCUAUCUGGUGGGCUCCCACAUGGCUGAGUUUCUGCAGACUGGUGGUGACCCUGAGUGGCUUCUGGGUCUCCACCGUGCCCCCAAGAAGCUGCGCAAACUCAGCGAGAUCAACAAGUUGCUGGCGCAUCGGCCAUGGCUCAUCACCAAGGAGCAUAUCCAGGUGAAGUGGGCAGAGAGGCGGGUCCCCGAGGGAGCCCAGAGGCUGGGCUGGGGGCAGCCCAGGGACAGGCACUUAGCGGGUCUGGCCUUCCUUCCCUUCCAGGCCCUGCUGAAGACGAGUGAGCACAGCUGGUCCCUGGCCGAGCUCAUCCAGGCCCUGGUCCUGCUCACUCACUGCCACUCGCUGGCCUCCUUUGUGUUUGGCUGUGGUAUCCUUCCUGAGGGGGACCCAGAGGGCAGCCCUACCCCCCAGGUACCUUCGCCCCCCAGUGAGCAGAGCAGCACCCCCAGCGGGGACCCACUCAACAACUCUGGGGGCUUUGAGGCCGCACGUGACGUGGAGGCUCUGAUGGAACGCAUGAGGCAGCUUCAGGAGAGCCUGCUACGGGACGAGGGGGCAUCUCCAGAGGAGAUGGAGAGCCGCUUUGAGCUGGAGAAGUCGGAGAGUCUUCUGGUGACCCCCUCAGCUGACAUCCUGGAGCCCUCUCCACGCCCAGACAUGCUGUGCUUUGUGGAAGACCCCGCUUUUGGAUAUGAGGACUUUACCCGGCAAGGGGCUGAGGCACCCCCAACUUUCCGCGCCCAGGAUUACACCUGGGAAGACCAUGGCUACUCACUGAUCCAGCGGCUCUACCCUGAGGGUGGACAGCUGCUGGAUGAGAAGUUCCAGGCAGCCUAUAGUCUCACCUACAACACCAUGGCCAUGCACAGCGGUGUGGACACCUCCAUGCUCCGCAGGGCCAUCUGGAACUACAUUCACUGUGUCUUUGGCAUCAGAUAUGAUGACUAUGACUAUGGGGAGGUGAACCAGCUCCUGGAGCGGAAUCUCAAGGUCUAUAUCAAGACAGUAGCCUGCUACCCAGAGAAGACCACUCGGAGGAUGUACAACCUCUUCUGGAGGCAUUUCCGCCACUCAGAGAAGGUCCAUGUGAACUUACUGCUUCUGGAGGCCCGAAUGCAAGCUGCCCUGCUCUACGCCCUCCGUGCCAUCACCCGCUACAUGACCUGACUCCUACACAGGAUCUGGGCCCGGAGCAGCUGACCCUGCAAGGACUUCUCUGUCUGGAGACAGACCCAGACCCUUUUCCUGUCCCACGCCCACCCACCCCACUCUGGGGGUGGGCUUGUGUGUGACCUGCAGCCCCAAGCCACACCCUCCUUUUUCUCACUGGAAUGGACAGGAUCAUUGCACUGACUCUGGGAUCCCAGCGCUGCCCCUGGGAGCUAAAAGAGGACUAGGAGACCCCAGGGGCCAUGCCCUUUUUCCUGCCUCUGCCCCCAGAGGCAGAGGGCACAGGAAGGAAAAUGAGCCCAGCACGGACAUGUCUGCCAGCAGGCUGGGCCCCAGGCACCACGAGUGCUGUGACCUCCCUGGACUGGGAAGUCCCUGGCUGGCCCUGAGAGAGGGGCAGACACCUCCAGGGAUUGACACUCCAGGCAGCUCUGCCCGCCCUACCCACCAUUCCCAGAUUUCAUUACCUCCUACCUACCAUUCACCCAUCAAUGUGAAAGUCAGGGCUCCAGCUGGUUUGUGUGCCCAGCUCUGCAUAAUCCUGCUCUGUUGGUUAGUCAGAAGGCCCUUUGUUCCCCAGUUGCCCUAAUCCUAAUGUAGUUCUUUUGACCUUCUCCCUCUUAACCCUUUUCUCCCAUGCCUGAUGGUGUGGGUCCCCAGGAGAGAGGCCAAGCACAUCAAAUAAGUGGAAGAUGUAUCUCUAGAGACUUUGGGCCUCUGCUGGUCACCUUGCCUUCUGAAGAAGAGGGAGUAUUAGAUUAUAAGUUCUUUGCUUUUUGGUCCUUUAUGGUUGAGGGUCAAACCUCCUCAGGGCCUCUACCCUGGAGCCAUAGUCAGGAUCUGAGGGGAGGGAGAGAGGGAGAAAUCUGUUCUCCCCAGAGCUGUACCUGCCCUGCAGAGGCUGGCUCUCCACUCUCCUAUCGCCUAUCCACAGAUGUUUGCCAAAAGGUUGAACCUUUAUUGGUGGCUCAGAUGGCACUGUGGCCCAGUGGGAGAGGCAGGAGUCACGAGCGUUCUUGUUUGGGCCCUGCCACCGGCCAGGGUGACCACGGCUAUGUUGCCAAACCUCUUUGACCUCUGUUUCCAUGGUUGUAGACUAAGGAGUGGUCUAGAUUUCUGAGACGUCUGACUCUUCAGCCUGGGAUUCCCAGGCCAAUCUGCCAGCAGCAGACGGAUUUCCAUGCAGGAUCUCUGCGGCCUCUGGGGACCCCUUUCCUGCAGUCAGUCUCUCCUGGCUGCUUUCUAAGAACCCGUGUCCCCAUCCCAGUUUCUGUCCCCUCUCCUCAAUUUUAGGCAAGUUGCUUGGAAGCAGAAGCAGCCAAGGACUGAUCCCAGGCACUUUCUAUAGCAAACAAGCUGUGAAUUCUGGUUUAUCUUGCCCUUCUUCCGACAGUAUGUGCCUCCUCUCUAGCCAGUUUGGAGGUGACUGAAGAAAGGCAAGGGCCAAGAUACUGCUGCUUCUGACCUUCCUCUCUGGAGCGGGAUGAGAGAGGAGCUGGGUCAGUGUGCCACAUUUCAUACCCGUGCAGGCACGGGAAAGCAACUGGCACCCCUUUCAGGCCUCAGACCCCUCUCUGUAAAGAGGCUGGGCAGGUGGGAAGGGGCCCCAGCAUUAGUGUUUGGAUUCUGGAGGAGACAUGGUGACUUUGUGAAUGUCCCCUGGAUGGGUGGGAAGGGUUAUCCAGUGUUCA